AUGCUUGUUAAUAACUCAAUAAAUAAAGCUAUUAAACAUACUAAUCAAGCAUCUGAAUUGCAAGAAGCAGAAAAUAUAUAUUAUUCAUAUUCUGAAUCCUUUUCUAGCAAUAGUUCCAAUUUAAAAAAUAUAGAAUUAAAUUAUAGUGAACAAAGGAUAUUUAUUAAUAAUGCGUUAGAAACUAGUACAUAUUUGUCAAAUAAUGAGGCUGAAUUGCAAGAGAAAGAUGAAAGUGACAAUGCCGAAUUUCAAGAAAUAGACGAUAAUUGA